AUGGAUUUUGAAGAUCUUUUUGAAGACAAUUAAGAAGGUGGGGAGGAAGGAGGAGCCCCAAGCAACGACAUGUUCAUGUUUGGUAUGAAUGAAAAAGAGGUGGAGGAAAUGAAAUAGAAUAGGGAUUCUGUGGUAUUUUUAGUAGAUUGCCACAGAUCAAUGCAUGAGAGAAACCCGCAUAAUGGAGAGGGACAGGAGUCUAAUGUUCAGUAGAUUCUCAGUGCCUGUCUUAGCUUUAUGAAAACCAAAAUCAUCACAAGUGAUAAUGAUAAAAUAGGCAUCGUACUCUAUGGGUGCAAAUUAUCAAACAACUCAAUGAACUUUAAUAACAUUUAUGUAUUCCAAAAGCUGGAUGGUCCAGAUGCCCUAUCAAUCAAAACUCUUGAGAAUAAGAUGGUUGACUUUACUAAAACAUAUGGCUUUGUUCCCAAAGAAUCUCAUACUCCAUUAUUUGAAGCACUUUGGAUUUGCCAUUAAGAAUUUAAAUAAGUUGAGAAACAAAGCUAUAACAAGAGAAUCUUUUUAUUCACAAAUGAAGAUAAUCCAGACACACAAGGAGAUCGCGAAAUGGCUUAGCAAAGAGCAUCAGAUUUGUCUUCUCUUGGAGUUGACAUUGAGUUAUUCCCAAUGCCUAAACCAACUCAUUAAAAGCCAGUUUUUGAUGUGAAGAAAUUCUUCGCUAACAUCAUUCAAUUCGAUGAGGAAGAGCAGUUUUCAGAGACUUUAGGAAUUUAAGGAACAUAAUCAAGAAUCAGUGAGCUGAUGAAACGUAUUAGAAUGAAGGAAUUUAGAAAGAGGACGCAGGGUAAAUGUCUUUUCAACCUCACUCCAAAAGCCCAGAUUGCUCUUAGCUUCUUUACGACUGUAAUGCCUACUAAAAAGCCAGGUGCUAGCAAGGUGAAUGCAGCCAAUAAUAAACAAUUGAAAUCCACCACUAGAUAUAUCUGCCAAGAGACAGGGACAGUUUUAUACAAAAACCAAAUUAGCUCGCAUUUCCCAGUAGGUGGUGAAAAAGUACAUAUCACUCCGGAAGAUGUGAAGUAAAUUAAAUACUUUGAUAAUGUGGGAAUGAAACUUAUGGGCUUCAAGCCAAGGUCAGCUCUUAAAGUAUUCCACAAUAUAAAGCACUCUUAUUUCAUCUACCCUGAUGAGAAGAGGAUUAGUGGUUCAUCCUAAGUCAUGGAUGCUCUUAUAACUGAAAUGAUUGAUGAGGAUAAAAUAGCUAUUGUGAGAUUUAUUCCUAGAGAUAACUCAGUAGUUAGAUUUUGCGCACUCAUACCAUAGGCUGAGAGAGUAGAUGAAGAUGAUGGAUUCCAAACUCCUCCAGGAUUUUAACUAAUAUUCUUACCUUAUGCUGACGAUAUUAGAGACAUCAAUUCAAUAUUUGAAGCAGCUGGAUAUAAUGAAGAGGAUCCGGAGGACAAAAGUAUUUUUGACUAACUUACCAAUGAAGAAAAGCAAGCUGCAAAGUUAAUGGUUAAAAACAUGUACAUAGAUUUUAACUCAAGAAACUUUGAAAACCCUUCACUGCAAUAAUUUUAUGCAGGACUUUAGGCAUUGGCUCUCAAUGAGUAAAACCCUGAGCCAGUAGAAGAUCUUUUACAGCCUGAUUACGAGGGAAUGAAAAGAUUCGAUCCAGUUAUUGACAGAUUUAAGGAUGUGUUCUUUGAUGGUGAGGACGAGGAUCCCUAAUGCUCUCAAGGCGCUGCAAGAGGAAGAGGCAGAGGUGGAGCUAGAGGAGCAAGAGGUGGUGGAAGAGGUGCAGGCGCUUCUACUAGAGGGGGAAGAGGUUCAAAUGUUAAUAGUUAAGCAUCGCAGGCUUAAAGUUAGCCAGUUAAAGGUAGAGGCAGAGGUGGAGCUAAAAUUUAAUAAGUCAAAGAGGAAUCAGAUAGUGAUGAGAAAGAACUCCCAUCUUAGGCAGCAGUUAAGGUUAAUUAAUCAAAAAAGAGAAAGGAACCUCCCUAGAAAAUAGCUAAGAAGUCGAAUAAGCGUAAGAAGCUGGAUGAGUCGGAAGAGGAGGCAGAUGAUGAUGCCUCUGAUUUAGAUGAUUUCAUUGUCGAUGAUAGUGAAGAGGAAUCCAAGUCAAAGAAACCUAGUAAUAGAAGAUCAGCAGUAAAAAAAGAAAACAAUUAAUCCCAGUCUCAAAGAGCAGAUAAUAGUAAGUCACCUUCCAAAAAGUAGCAGCCUAAAAAGUCCCAGAAAAGUGCAUAAAAAUUAGACCCCCUUGACUAGAAAUUCAUGGAAAUAAUCAGAGAAGGUAAACUUAAGUCAUGCAACAAUGCGGAGUUGAAAGAAUUCCUAACAGUCAAAAACCUACCCAAUAAAGGAAAUAAGAACUUUAUGAUGGAGCUGGUUGAAGAGUACUUUGAAAAUAACUUUAAUAUUUCUUGA